GGUGCCGGCAUUCAUCUCACGGAGUUUUCCAUUUCUCAACUGUUCUCAUUCUUCCUUUUUAAUCAUCUUCUAUUCUAUGCUUAAUAUCCUUUCCGCAUGAAAUUCAGGUAUAUAAGCACAACUUUUCAUAUUCUGAAUGCUUCUCUCAGUUUGCGAUCAGUUUAGAUAGGAUAUCUCUUCACUGAACUCGAACUUCUCAGCAUAUAAGGGGAAUAAUGUCCUCUCCAAGGAUGCGUGGCACUAAGCCGACAAGAUUCCAAGAGCGGAGUCCAAACCGUGUGGAUAGCAUAUCAGACUUGAACCAAAAAGUAUCUGAAAUCAAUCGAAGAAAAAAACAAAUGAAGAGUGAUGUCAUCUGGGGCCUCUUGAAUGCAGCUCUCUGUACAUUUUUAUGCUACGAUAUACUGUACAUGUGCCCGUUCUAUCCUAAAUUCUUACACUCUCUGGAGCGGCUAUUUGCAGCAGCAUUUUUCAUCAAUACGUUGUUUCAUUUCGGCCGCUACAUUUUCAUUCGUUGCACUACCACUCCUGUCACCGUUACUCAACCGCAGCGAAAACUCCUCGGCCUGUCUGUGAACGACAUGUACUUCAAAGAUGCUGAGUCAACACCGAAGAAGGCUGACAAAACAGCGUUGGAUUCAACAUUCACUCCGAUAAAUCUUUCCAAAAAUAGCUGGAUUUCGCAAAGUAAGUCAUUCUCACCUUACUCAACCCUCAACUCAACCAGUCAAAGCAGGCAGAAUCUUUCCUUUACUCCUUCCCCUGCAACUCUACCCAAAUCCAUCGGACAUUCAACUCCCAUCUGCUCGCCAAGUAGCAACUUGAUCAGCGACCAGUCUGAACUCACUCGGUACUUGAAAAGCUAUGAUUUGAACAAUUCUUUCGAAGCAGACAAGUCCUCAAAACUAGAAAUGACCUCCCCUAAUCUGCUGUCAUCAUUCUGGUACCGACAGAAAAACAAAGAAACGUCCCUCAUCAAACGAUUUGUUUACCAGCUUGCUCCGGCAACCAGCUUACCGACCUCUGGGAACACAGCAUCAGAUGAUGUUGGCUCAGCUCGGAACCGCAAUGAUGAUGUGUGGGAUUUGUACAAUGUGGAUCUGACCUCUGUCAUACAGUGGACAGCAAAUUUGCGCAUGUGGUUGUCACAAACGAUUCUAGAACGAUUGGUCAAAGAAAUUGAUGCGGUGAACUCAGCUCUGCAUGCUCAAGGCUUGUCAGAUAUCACCAUUGGUCAUAUUGGUAUCGACCGUUUGAAAAAAACUGCCUCUAGUUUAGCUAUCGUGCAGUCCAUUCCCAGCCUGUCAAAUCUUGUUAUGUUCCUCGAUAUCUCACCCAACCAAGAAUAUGUUGUCUCUAGGAUCAAGGAACUUGCAAAAGGUGGUUGCAUCAGUGAGUACAGCUGGAAUUCCGGUGGAAAGUUUCAAGGGAAAGAUUGGGACAGUCACUUACCGUCAGACGCUAAUCUAAUGAUGUCUCUUCUUGCCGCUUACUUUGAUUCUCAGCUUCCACCUAUGUCCUUAAUUGAGCCUGGUGCGCAGCCAUUUACAUCCACUUAUUUUGUUCAGACCCCAAGCAAGGUUGACAACAAGAUGAAAGACAGUUUCUUCAUUUAUCAAGAUUCAAUCCAUCCUCCAAAUUUUCAGUUCUGUGUCGGAAGUGACAAAUAUGAAGUGUCCAAAGGGCGCAAUAACUUUUUCCAUACUGUUCUCUUAUUUUUAUUGCACGUCAAAGUCAAAGAGCACGGGAUGCUCGGCCGCAUAAAUCUUGGUCGAUCAGGGCUCAAUAUGCUAUGGGUUAUUGAUUCGUAGUUGAAACAACGAUCUACAAUGAAUUUCAAUUAUUCAGUUCCUCACCAUGCCUUAAUUUCUCUCUAUUCAUCAUAUAUUUUGUCCUGCUGUGCAAGUUCUCAGUGACAUCUCAAAUCAAUCACUGUUGGUUAGGUCUCCUUCAAUCGAAUACUUUUUACUGUUUCAUUUUCAAGAAACAAUCAGUCCUAGUAAAUAAGUGAUAACUUUUGCUCGUGAUUUCUCCGAUCAUCAUUUUAUUUUUUAAUUCUCUACUUUUUCACCACGUGUCGAUUGUAUUUUUAUGUCCAAUUUAAAGUUCUAGUUUUUGUUUAAAUUGUAAGGUCGAGGAAAUAGAAGAAAACUGCGUUCCCUGUAAACUGUGUUCCCUGUAAAUAGAUUUAUAGACUCAUCAAUGGAUCACUAGAUAGGGUACAAAAUCAGGAAUCGCACUUUAUGUUCCUCAUCAAAAUUUUAUUUAAAGUAUGAUGGAUGCAUUAAAACUUUCUAAAUUCAUCUCAUAAGUUAGGCGUUUUGCCUACUUUAAUUCACUUUUCCCAUUCUGAGACAAACCAGAAUCUAUUCGAGUCAAAUCAAGCUCUGAAGUAAUCUCAGCCUAUUUUACAGAAGAAGAAUUUUCCAGUGUACCAAUUUUUUGGACAAAAUCGAAGAUGCAUUGUAUCAGAAGAUUAAUUGAUUGUGUGUGAAAUCAAGAUUUCGUUCUUUGCCAAAUGUUGAUUGAUUGCCAACAAAUUGAUUGAUUUCAAUGCCUAAUUAGACCUAUAUUGAUCACGGUUUGUUUGGUGAGGGAGAAGGUUGAAUUAACUGUUUCGAAUUUAUAUAAACAUUUAAAUAUUUCUCCUGUAUGAAUCAAAUUUGAAAGUUUUCAAUACGUUCAACGCAUCCUACAUAAAAUUUUGAUGAAAAAGACUUGUUGUAGUGCUUAACUUCUUACCCUGUCCUGUCCUAACCACCAUGCAGUUGGACUUAAUUUUGCAAUUAGGAACUACAAUUUUUUGCUCAUCCAUGAAAAAACUUAUGUGCAUAGAGAAACUAAUGAUACAUACGUUGUUACUAACCUGGGCCCAAAAUUGUAGUUUCUACUUGCAAAAUGUUGUCCGGUUAACAUACAUAAUAAUUAUGUGCGUUAUUACUCGGAGUGUAAAGAACUUAAAUUUGAAAACUUGUUGACAGAAGUCAAAUGAAUGCCAAGAUUUAAGUUCAGUCAUCAAUAUAAUUAAUCUACAAGUUGUUUUUUCGGACUAAAAUGUAUGUUUUGAGUUACUACUUUUUUUUGUACUUUGACCAUGUAUAUAAAUAUUUUGACUCCAGUUAAAAUCUAUUAAGUUCAGGAUUUUAGCCAUUAUUCCACCUGACUUAACUAAUAUUACGUAUUCAUUGUGAUAUUUUAGUCUUUGGUGAAUGCAAAAAUCUAAAAUUCCUCUUAACUUUUGUAUAUUUUGAGACAUUUUAAUGUAUAUUUCUCAUUCAACUAGAAGAUACAAUCUUUUAAGAAGUAGGAAAUACCUUUAAAACACUCCAGCAUAAAAUUUUUUUAGGUUGGGCUUACAGAAAAAAAUUUUAUGCCUGUAGUUUAAGAUGUGUUUUUGUGUAAGUAGGACUUAUGAUUGCAAGUAUUCGCAACUAUUUUGCGAUAAUGAUUGCUUUGUUCAUCUGCAGAAAAACCAAAAAAACUAUCAUUUAUGAACAGACUUACUAUGUAAGUCCCAAAAAUUUUCUAAUAAUAGCUCUAAUUUACUAUUUCUGAAAAUUCUCUCAUAGGUUCAGUAUUUUAUUGGAAGUGAUGACUAUGCUGAAGUGAAGGUCAAUCCAAAUUCAUUGAAGAUGUAGAUAUGUUUAUGUUGUUUAGAUGUACAAAUGUUGAAACAACAAUGUUGUACAUAGAAAAUGUUUCUAUACUGUAUUCCUACGUCAUCUUGUGUAAAUAUAGAAUCAUCCGAUUUUGCUCAAACAAAUUUUUAUAUUUUAUUUAUUGAACUUCCUAAAAAUUAGUCUAGGAUACAUCUCUUCCUAAACACUCUUAAAAGUCUGUGCGUUGUCGAACUUUUCUAAGUGCAAGUAACUUCCCUUAGGUCAUGGAAACAUUAAUUUGAAUAAAAAACAAUGUAUUGUAGGUAUAAGACAAAACCUCGUAUUUCGACCGAAGAGUUUUAUAAUUUAGGCCGCAUAAAGGACCCAAGUCCACCAAAACUCAAAAUUGAGUUUUUGAUUUGAACUACUUUUCGCAAGAUUGUAAAAUGUGUUGUAAAUUUUAAAUUUAGUGAGAAAAAUGAAUGAUGCUUUCAUCGCGUUAUAGAAUCAUUGAAAUUAGUUUUUACUGAAAAUUUGUGAAUACUUAGAAUCAUAGAUAGUCAAUUUAUUCUACUGAAUUACGUUGCAACUGUCUUCAAUUUUCAAAGCCGUACCCUAACUGUUGAAUACAGUUGCUUAAUUUAAGUAACAUAACGUAAAAGUUCGAUCAGAUGCUGAAUUGAAACUUUUAACAAAAUUGUUUUGUCAAAUAAGGUGAUUAUUUAUUUUGUACCAUAUUAAUUUAUUUCGAUAUUAAAUAAGCCAAAAGUAA